GCCUCAUCAUCACCUCAACAACCAAGCCAACAUGAGUGCCCAGGCGUAUUACGAACUCUACCGUGGGAGCAGCCUCGGCCUGUCCCUAACCGACACCCUCGAUGAUCUGAUCAACGAAGGGCGGAUCGAGCCCCAGCUCGCCAUGAAGAUUCUCUCGACCUUUGACCGUAUUAUUACGGAAGUACUCGCGGACAAGGUUCGCACUCGGCUGAACUUCAAGGGCCACCUUGACACAUAUCGAUUCUGCGAUGAAGUCUGGACGUUCCUCAUCAAGGAUGUCAAUUUCAAGCUAGAUAACCAGCAGACUAUCAGCGCGGACAAGGUUAAAAUUGUGAGCUGCAACAGCAAGAGGCCCGGAGAGGCGUGAGGACCCUAUGAAGCGAAACAAUGGCCAUAUGAGAUGAGAUGAGACGGGGCGUUCUUCUUCGAUUUGUUUUUUACACUACGUAUUUGACCCUGCUGGUUUAUGGGCACUGGUCGUUUUUGUGUCGGCGUUUUAGGACAUUCCCAUGGCAUUAUUUGUGCUGUACAUUACCGAUUUUCAUCGGACAAGAAAGAUACCCGAAUGAAGAACUAGAAUAAUCC